UUUCCAGUACCUACGGUAACAAUCAAAUAAAAAACUACCCUAUGAUCAUGGGUUUAAAGAUAAAAGAAAUGAAUAAACGUCAUAAUAUUAAAGUGUAUUAUGUAUGACGACUUAGGCAUAUUAUCUAUGGGCUUUGUUUCCAAGCCAGUAAAAUUAAUUAAAAAAAAAUAUCUAUGGGUAGUGUUUUUAUACUGAAAUUGAAAAAUUCUAUCGACGUGAAUACAAUUAAGAAAAAUAAACCUCACGCUUGAUUUAUCUAUAUAAACCAACAAGAUUAACAUAAUGAAAGCCACAAAACGUACUCACGAUUUCAAGGCACUUGCAUUGAAAUUGAAUGAUGAUUCAUCGUGUCCCCAUUACAUUUAUUUCAAAGAGCACUCAGUUAGAGAACAUACGAAAGAUAAACCAGCUGGUAGAACAAUUUUUAUUGUCAACGUUCCACCUUAUGCUGACGAAAAAGGCCUUACAAACGCGUUCAGCGAAGCGGGACCCAUUUCGUCAGUAAAACUUUGCAUAAAGCCUAACACAAUGGAAGAUGAUAUUCCUAAAUUUAUUUCUGAAAAACAGAAAAAGUCCUUUCAGGUUGCAUAUUUAGUUUUUGAAAAGGUGUCAGCAUUGGAUAGAGCAUUACAGCUGAGUGAAUUAAAACCCUUAAACAGUGAAAGUUAUAGAAUAAAAACUGGCAUACAAAAAUGGAUUGAAGAGUUCAAUAAAGAGAUCUUACAACCAAAAACAUUGAAAGAAAAUAUUGAAGCAUUUAUGAAGAAAUAUGAUUCCGAAACUGCUAAAGAGAAAAAGAAAGAAAAAAAAUUAGAACAGGAAGAUGACGAAGGUUGGGUCACAGUCACAAAGGGAGGCAAAAUUCAAAGUUUUGCUCGCACAGAAAAAGUAGAAAACAAAAUCUUAGAGAAAGAAGAAAAAAAUAAAAAGCGUAAAGAACUGAAGAAUUUCUAUACUUUUCAAAUUCGAGAGUCGAAAAUGAAACAUAUUGUAAUGCUCAGGCAAAAGUUUGAAGAAGACAAGAAAAAGAUAGCACAAAUAAAACAAAGCCGCCGAUUUAAACCAUUUUAAAAUAUAAAAGAAAAAAUUUAACUUUAUUUCAUUUACAUAGAUUUAAAAACCUAAUUUAUAUUAAGUAAGACUUUUCAAUAAAAAUGUAAUCUAAGUUUACAAAACCAUCUGUUUCAUGAUAACAUUUUACAAUAUAUUAAAAAUUUAUUCAAAAGUAAAAAAUAUAAAUAUUCUUAAUUGUA